CAAGGUUUCGUAUCCCGGCAAUUAGCAUGACAAUCUAAUGAAAAUGGGCACGCACUAUCCAUACCUGUGCCUGGAUUUCUUUGACAUUGUUAGGGGCUCGCACGUUAUCAGCCAUAUUCGGUUAUAUUGAGGUUGUCUAAUUGAUGCUUAUCUGACAGGCCGCAACAGAGGUCAAACAGAAAAAACCAGCAUCUUUUGGCGGACGGUGGUUUUGAAGCUGCAGUGUUACACAUAGAGCUUAACGCCAAAAUGAAACGCUGGAGAAAAUUGAUUUCCACGCUUACGAAUAACCCCGCGUCCGCCGUGUUCGACCGGCGGGAGUCACCACAGAUCCGACCGGUUUCUCCGUCCACUCGAUUGAUGUUCUCUCUACGGUAUGGUAUUCCAGGAGCCGUCCCUGCAUUGCAGAUUUUGUGUCCAGGAGAGGGAUGAGUUGUUUACUUUCGGAGAUGACCAUCGACCAUUUUAUUCAUUCUGGUGGUUGGAGACGAUGGCAAAGCCCCCGCCACAAGGGAGGAGCCUUUUUGUUUACCUACAAAAAAGCAGCUGCAGUUUUGGGGUUUGUCAGUCAGGGAGCUGCUUGCCACCUGGAUCAUAUCAUGAUAAUGGAUGUUUUCCGCCCGUGCCGUUUGUACCGCAUCUGCAAGAGCAGCACCCUUGAUCGGAAUUCCCAACCAGCAACAACUCGUUUGUUCGCUCGUUGGUUCGUUUCACCGACGGUACACCAUGUAGAUCAGUCGAGGGCCUCGAACAAACCAAACCAACUCAGUUCAUCUCUUUUCGCCUCUCCGUGUUUGCAAGACGGGCGAUGCUGCCAUCUAGACCGUUAUGGAGCAGGUGAACGCAACAAAAGCGGAGAAGGGGGAACAGAGAACAAGCACGGCUGUAUACUCGCAUCCAGGUACAAGGCCGCCGCCCUGAUGAUCAAUGGAUUUACCCUCCGUAUUUUUCUCUUCUUGCUUUUUUUUCUGGAGAAAAAUACAACCCUUUCAAACGACAUAGCCGCGAUGAAAUCCUGGGUUUCUGCCUGUACCUCUGGGCUGUGUAUGAACCCUUCCUACUAGACAGACCGCCAACUCGCAUAACAUUUCAUCGCAUAUAGGGAGAUGUUGGGAUUCUGCUUGCAUAAUAGCGGGUUGCAUGUUGUAAUAGCAUCGUGGGGGGGCCGCUACUGUGUUAUGAUGAUUACCAACCUCCCGCAGGUUAAUGACAGAUAGGCCCGCGCAACAUAACUGCGGUUUGAUGGCGUGGGCGUUUGGGGCCA